UGCGACCAAGCGUGCAGGGCGCAGAAGUUCCAACCAACCAUCAGCCGACGGCCGGAGGGGCAUUCCACGGUACAAUCCAUCCGACUUGAAACAAUGGGGAUUCCAGGCAGUUCGACUCGGUGCCCGACCCGUCCAAAUCCCUGAAGAAUCAAUUCUCCCUACGUAGUACAUACCUUAGAUAUCCACCGGCAUCUACCUGCCACCUCGCUUUCGACUCAAUCGGACUGCAUUAGUUCAGGACCGAGUCUCCUCUUAUCGCGCAAAAAGACGCAAAUUGCGCUUCAUACAACAUACACCGCAACUAAGGAAUUUACUUUCUUACCCUGGUCAUCAGAUCCUCGCGAACGGCCCCUCCCCCUCUACCAAGGACGCCAACUUUGUCGCGUGCCCAAUCCUUCUCACAAAACCCAACAGUCACUCAACCCAGCUAGCCACAACGACGCCCACAAAUUCGAACGAAGAAUAGCCACGCACUCCGCUACAACAAUACCCGCCCGCUUGUCGGUCGGGUGCUGGAACGGCGCCCGCCAUGGCAUCCUGGUACUCGAACAUCCUCACUACCACAACCUCACGCAUCACAACCCUCCGAACCACACUGCUAGGCGGCGAGGCGGACGGUGAAACAGAGGACGACACGCACGUCUGCCGAGUCCUUCGCGCAUACUACACCGAAAACGGACGCCCGUUCCCAAACUGGCUCCCACCAGACCCGAAAGCCCCGCCUCCUGCCGCGCCAGUCUACUCGCAGCCUGCGGUUGGUAGCCGCUACGGGGCGACCGCCUCGAGUGGUGGCGGCGGUGGAGGAGGUGGUGGUGGUGGCGGCGCGCUAAGCUCGCUGUGGGACAGCGGCGGUGGCCGACAAGAUCAGCAGUCCUUGCGGCAGGGGCGCGGCCAGCCGCCGCCCAUGCGCGGGGCGGAGCAGCAAAGCGGCGGCAGGAUGAACCCGUACGCGGCGGCAAGGGGAAGCGACCCGCGGGACGAGGUGCAGGCUAGACCACUGCCCAGUCAGCGGGCAGGAAGCUACCAGACGGCGUAUGGUAACAGCAGCACUCCUCCGCCCGGAGGCGGUGGUGGCGGCUCGGCACAGGAUAGACUGCGGAACCGACUAUUCCAGAGAGGUGCGGGCGGCAGCGGUGCUAGGACGACCAGCCCGGCCUCUUCCUCGGGGCCGUUCCAGCCGCCUGCGCCGUCCGGUGGUGGAUAUGGCGGCGGCGGCGGCGGCGGUAGUGGCGGAGGAGUGGACUACGAGGACAGGUUUGCACCUGGUGGAAUGUACGAUGGAGGUGGUGGUGGCUAUGGUGGAGGCGGUGGUAACGAUAGGGGAUACACAUCUUCAAACUCGCCGUGGUCAUCGGGCCAGCAAGAUUAUUCGGGCGGAAGUGGCGGGGGCAGCGGUCGUUCUGGUGGUGGACUUCCUCAGGGACCAAGAGCUGGUGGGCUGCCGCGCGGCCCUCGCAUGCGAUGAUUGCGUGUCCCGUAGAAAAACUAUAUAUUUUAUCGUUUUACUUGAUUUGAUUCUGCGGGGCACGUCUAUUGCGCAUGUUAUACGAAACGAUGUCCUGAGUCCAUUGUAUGUUACACAUGUCCAAAUAUUUCCUGGCUUUUGGGUAUAACCAAGUAAAAGCUCGUAUGGUCACGCAUUAAACUGUGCUGAUCCACGUGCAAAUUGGUCUUUGACUUGCGAAUAAAGCAGUUCGCUCCGGAUUUGUCUCGCC